UCUGCAGCGUGUGGCGCCCCCCGGCGGCGGCGGCGGGGCAUCGCUGCGACCGCCGGCCUGAACGCCCGCCAUGGAGCCGCUGGAGGAGGCGCGAGCCCCCCGGGAGCCGCUCCCGGGCCCGCCGGCGGCCUGCAGGUCGCAGACGUGGAGCGAGGAGGAGGCGGCGUCGGCUCAGAGGGGCGCCGCCCCGGACGCGGAGGUGGACGGCGCCAGCGCCGACGGCCUGUGGGAGCUCCCGGUGGAGCCGGCGGAGCGGAGGCCCGAGUGUGGCCGCUGCAGCCGGCCUAUUAAAGUAUGCUUGUGUCCGUUUCUGCCAGUGCAUCCUCUGCACAUCUCCACUCACUUGUACAUAAUUCAGCAUCCAGCAGAGGAAAAUAAAGUGUUACGGACAGUUCCUCUGCUGGCAGCGUGCCUCCCCCAGGACAAGUGUAAAGUCAAGAUUGGGCGGCGCUUCAGUGAGGAAAGAGAUCCUGAACUUUCAUCUAUUUGUCAGAAGUCUGGUACAUUAAUAUUAUAUCCAGGAGCUGAAGCCGCUAACUUGGAAGAAUUUAUAUUAGAUUCUCCUAUUUAUCCUUCGACACUCAUCAUCAUUGAUGGUACCUGGAGCCAGGCUAAGGAUAUUUUCUAUAAGAAUUCCUUGUUUCGACUUCCUCAACAGGUACAGUUGAAGACCAGUGUUUCUAGUCAAUAUGUGAUUCGGACACAGCCGACCAAUUGGUGCCUUUCCACGCUGGAGUGUGCUGCAGUAGCGCUUUCCAUUUUGGAGAAGAAUAAUUCCAUACAUGAGACUUUGCUUCGCCCUCUUCAAGCUUUAUGCUCUUUUCAACUUCAGCAUGGAGCUCAGAUUCGCCUCAGCAAGGAACAUCUUCUGAAAAAUGGAUUAUAUCCUAAGCCAAUGCCAAAGAACAAACGAAAACUCAGGAAAAUGGAACUGUUAAUGAACAGUGUCAAAAUUUAGUGCAAAUAUUUCUUAUGGUGCGAAUUCUAGUGACUUUGGCCGGUGUUGCCAAGUUUUCAUACAGUUUAAGUUUGUGGGUUUUUGACUAUGGGAGUUAAAUACUAACUUGCCCAGAAAAAGAAAUAAACCAAAAGCCAUAAAAAUAGACAAUUUUCACUGACUCAGUAAAAAGUAACUUUAUAUUACAUUUAUAUUUUUAGAAAAAAUGAAAGCCUUGAAUGCAUCUUUUCAAAUCCAUAAUGUAAAAAAUGAUUAAUUUUUGAGCUGGGUUUGAAGUUCUUAUAUAAUGGAAAGAAAUUGUUGUACCCAAGUAGAACAGUGUUGUUUAUAUUAACAUUUAUACAUCAUUAGUGUAGAUAUAAAGUAGAAAAUACCUACAUCAAUUCACAAUGUAGUACAUGAACUUUAUAGUUUGAAUAGCUGAUGAAAAUAAUGAUAAUCAGGUAGUUUAGACUUAUUUAUUUCAUAAUAGAAUAAGGAAACUGUCCUUUAGGAACAAAACUUGAACUUAGCUAAUGGGAUUUAAAUGUUUGGUUAAUUGCUCUAAUUUUUGAAGAGCUGUGUGUAAUUUUGAAAUAGCA